AUGUGGGCCCUCAGCAACGCCAAGGCCGGUGGACCCUGCCUCACGCCGCGGCACCCCGCGCCGCCCUCCCUCGCGUCGCCGUCGACGGCGGCGGCCGGGCGGAGGUUCUGGAGGCGCAGUCCCGGGUGGGCGCCCCUGGUGGCGGUGCGCGCGUCGGGGGGCACGAGGAAGGACGGCCCCGGCGGUGGCGAGGCCAGCAGCGGCGAGGAAGCCGAUAGCAAGGCGUCGUCUUCCGGGCAUGAUGAUGCAUCUACCCCAACAGGGGAUACCUCUGCAGGGUUGAACCAACCCCGUGACGAGACAAAAACAAGCAAGCCGAUUAAUGUUUCUAGCAGCAACUACUGGCGAGAUGUCAGGGCAAACCUUGUGCGCCGGGAACAGGAGCUAUUAGUGGAUCCAAGUACUCCCACAGAGUCAAAGGCAUCCUCAGGAGAUCCAUUACAGCUCCCUCACAAGUGGGCUCAUGCUAUUACAAUGCCAGAGGCAGGAUGUGUUUUAGUUGCUACCGAGGCGCUUGAUGAUGAUAGCAUCUUUGAAAGAACCGUCAUCUUCAUCCUUAGACUUGGUUCAAGGGGUACAUUUGAUGGCCCGUUCGGAGUUAUCCUGAAUCGUCCACUUUACACAAAGAUCAAGCACGUCAAUCCAACGUUCCAAGACCAGGCAACCCCUUUCGGUGAUUCCCCCCUCUUCUUCGGAGGCCCUGUUGACAUGAGCAUGUUCCUGGUGAGGACCGACGACAGCUCGCAUCUCAAGGGGUUUGAAGAAGUCGUACCAGGCAUCUGCUACGGCUUCCGUACUGACCUUGAGAAGGCCGCCGUUCUGAUGAAAAACGGUGUGAUCAGGACCCAGGACCUGAGGUUCUACGUCGGGCACGCUGCCUGGGACUAUGAGCAGCUGUUGGGUGAGAUCAGGGCGGGAUACUGGGCUGUGGUGUCUUGCAGCACGGAGCUUAUCAGUGAUGCCUUGACAGGCGAUCCUUCUUGCCUCUGGACCGAGAUACUGCAGCUGAUGGGAGGCCAGUACUCUGAGCUCAGCGAGAAACCGAAGCAGGACAGCUCGUAG